AGUUGCUAACACAGCCCAACUUGGCUUUAAAUUUAGGCACUGACGUCAGGGCCGGGGGUUGUCUGGAGAGCAGGGGGGAGUGUUGCAUGCAGACUCCAGAGCCAGAUUGCCUAUCCAGGCCCUCUUGGACUUCUCUCUCCCUUCUGCUCACGGCGGGGGGGCCCCUGGAGAUGGAGACCCUCUGGAUCCCUGUCCUUUUCCUUGCCUGCCUCUCAGGGGCUUCUGCCCAGGAAGAUCUUCGAGGAUUGGCCUUCAUUUUCCCCCAAGGGAGCAUUGACUCCUACGUCACUUUGCCAUCUCCCCAAGAAGAACCCCUCCAAAACUUCACCAUCUGCCUGGCGGCUUUCUCCGACGCCGUUAGAUGGGUCACUCUGUUCUCUUACGCCACCCGGCACCAGGACAGAGAGAUUGCAAUUUAUAAGGGGCGCUGGGGUGAGUUUUGGCAGUACGAGGUCUACAUCGGGGGAACCGCCACCAGUUUCCGAAUCAAAGGCGCCUCGGUGUCUUGGCAGUAUCUCUGCAUCAGCUGGGGAUCGGAGACCGGGGUCCUCACUGUUCAGGUAGACACCAAGAUCCUGCCCCGCAAAGUGGUGAAGAAAGGCUAUUCCAUUGGGCCAAAUGCUGUGAUCAUGUUGGGACAGGACUACCCCUCCCACGCAAAGCGUAUGAUCAGCGGGAGUCCAUUCAGCGGGGAGAUUACAGAGGUGGACAUGUGGAAUUAUACCAUCCCCAACAGAGAUCUGGGGUCUUUCCCAUCAUAUCCCCCCAUCAUCAGCUGGCGAAACCUGCAGUACGAACUGAAAGGCGAUAUAGCCCUGGAGAGCUGCAGUUUCCACUGAGUAGGAAAACGGCCAUCAGCUUCCCUUGGGCGGCCCUCCAUACCCUGUGAUUUGGCUUCUCCCCGGACACCGCUGCAAGAGGCCGCGCCUCCUGGGCAAAAGACUCCGCCUCCUUUCCCCUCAGUGUCACCUUUCACCUCUCACCUCUGCACAAAAAUGUCACUGCCCAUGGCCUGCCCUGACAAUGGAAGAACUUUUGGCUGUGAAUGUCUGGUGGGGGGGAACAUUAGGAACCUAGGAAGCUGCCAUAUACUGAGUCAGAACCUUGGUCUAUCUAGCUCAGGAUUGUCUUCACAGACUGGCAGCGGCUUCUCCAAGAUUGCAGGCAGGAGCCUCUCUCAGCCCCAUCUUGGAGAUGCUGCUGGCGGGCCGGCGGGGAGGGGUACUUGGAACCUUCUGCAGGCAAGCAGGCAGGUGCUUUUCCCAGAGCGGCCCCAUCCUUUUACACAUGUAGUCUCCCAUUCAAAUGCAAACUAGGACAGACCCUGCUUAGCAAAGGGGACAAGUCAUGCUUGCUGCCACAAGACCAGCUCUCCUGCGCGUUCAUGGGAGAGUUGGAAAUAGAGGGGAUUUUGAUUGCUGCAUCCCUUUGAGGGAUUUUGCAAGGUGCUUAUAUCAGCAGCAACUACAGUGGGAAAUCUGGGUUGUUGUCUUCUCUGUCCCGGCUGCUAGCCUAGUCCCAGAAAUCUCCGGGCUUGCUUUCAAGAGUCUCUUGAAGACAGAGACUCCACACCAAUCCUGGUGGGUGGGCAAUCCGAGCCCCCCUCCUGGAUGUGACCAGUUUUAUUCCAAUAUUAGUUUGCACAGUAUCAAGCUCCUCAAAUCUCCGGGCUUGCUUUCAAGAGUCACCCUGGGGAUGGAGGCUGGUUCUUGGAGAUGCCAGGCCAGCAUGGAUGGGCAGGGGCGACCCCAGUUGAGAGUCAAACUGAAAGAUCAGGAAUCUCCAUCCGCUUUGUAUGUAAUGCCUCUAAUCACCUUAACACCCUACAAGUAAUGCUAAUAACAUUAAUAAGGCAGUGGUCAAUUGGCUAGAAUAUGGCAUGCACAUUUUAAUGCAUUUCUCUGUGACUCAAAGGAGUUCGAGAUUUAACUUUUCCCCAAAACUGGGGAAGGUUUGCACACCUCUGAUGAGGGCGAGGCAGUUGCUCAAAGUUCACGCUCCAUGGCUGCCAUCUUGCAUAACCACGUCCCUGCAACCCGUCGGAGAUUUGGAUCUUUGCCUUGCUCCUGUCCACGUGGUCCUUUCCGCCCCUUGCAGGUCGCUCUGACUUUUGCUAUCACAAGAGAGAUAAGGAUUGUCUGCGUCCCUCCGGUCAGACUUACGUAACUCUCGUUCUAUUCCACGAAAGUGAGUCAGGAUCUGGAACUUUCCCAGAGAGCCGGUUUUCCCGCGGGUUUACUGAGAGUUUGGAGUUGCCCCCCAAAAAACCCGUGCAAAAAGUGGAUGUUUUAAACCUGGAUAUAAGAUCAAGCUACACUCUUAACGUGCAGUGAAAAACCCGAAUUGUGUGUGAAGUGCUCCCCGAGAGCUCGCAGGGACUUCGGGGUCAGUCUGGCCGAUGUGUGAAUGAACCCCCUCCAUUCUGGAGGAGAUGUGAACGAAAAGCCCUGUGUGGGAAACCUCCAGGGGGAAGCUUGUGGAAAGAGACCUAUGGAGCCAUCUCCAUAUUGUCUCCAUAUUCGUCCCCUACUAAUUGAGCCGAGAGGCGUCUUUUAAAAGUGGCGAUUCUCUUCCAUUUAGCAGGGGGAGAGCAACUGGCCCUAUCCAUCCCCAGCACAGCAUCCCUCCAGUGACUGUUGCUGGUGUCUGUCUUAUGUUUCUUUUUAGAUGGUGAGCCCUUCGGGGACAGGGAGCCAUUUUUAUUUAUCUAUGUAUAUCUAUGCAAACUGCUUUGGAAAUCUUUUGUUGAAAAGCGGUAUAUCAAUAUUCUUCAUAUUUGUAUCCGUAUCUGUCUGUCUCCCCAAAUCCUUCUCUCUGAAUGUUGAUGGCUAAUAUUCUCCAGAUUUUUAUUUUUAUUAUAAAUUUGUUGUUGAUCUUAUAUACCUUUUCAUUAAAAUAUAUAUGCUUUUCAUUAAAAAAAUUAUUUUAUA